AGUUAAGUUGUUCAUUUCUGGGUUUUGUAACGGAGGAAGUAAAAUAAUGGAGUGUUCGGUAAUCCAUCAUGUGGUGAUUGUGUUACUGUUCCUUUGGGUUCUAUCUUACUUGAAUCGAUCACACGCUCUUUUCUAUUUCCUCUCGCUGGGUUAUCUUUACCUGGUUCAUGAACGCUAUGUGAUGAGGUUGAGGAAAAAAUUACAGUUUGAAGAGAGGAAGCAAGCUAACCAGAGAAGGGUCCUAUCUGAUUCUGAAUCGGUACGGUGGUUGAAUCAUGCUAUGGAGAAGAUAUGGCCUAUUUGUAUGGAACAGAUUGCGUCUCAGAAGAUUCUACGUCCGAUCAUACCUUGGUUCUUGGACAAGUAUAGACCUUGGACUGCGAAAAAAGCUGUGAUACAACACCUCUAUUUGGGAAGAAACCCGCCUUUGUUGACAGAUAUAAGGGUGCUUCGGCAAUCUACGGGUGAUGAUCACUUGGUGCUGGAACUUGGAAUGAAUUUCCUCACAGCAGAUGAUAUGAGCGCAAUACUCGCUGUGAAGUUAAGAAAAAGACUUGGGUUUGGAAUGUGGACAAAGUUGCAUUUGACAGGGAUGCAUGUAGAAGGAAAGGUGUUGAUUGGAGUGAAGUUCCUUCGUCGAUGGCCUUUUCUGGGGCGUUUACGUGUUUGUUUUGCAGAGCCACCUUAUUUCCAAAUGACUGUUAAACCAAUUACCACUCAUGGACUUGAUGUUGCUGUGCUUCCAGGGAUUGCAGGAUGGCUAGAUAAACUUUUGUCUGUUGCAUUUGAGCAGACUCUUGUUGAGCCAAAUAUGCUGGUAGUUGAUAUGGAGAAAUUUGUUAGUCCAGAGCCAGGAGAAAAUUGGUUCUUUGUUGAUGAGAAAGAACCAGUAGCACACGCUCUUGUUGAAGUCGUUGAAGCAUCUGAUGUUAAACCAUCAGAUCUAAACGGUUUAGCUGAUCCUUAUGUGAAAGGGCAGCUUGGCGCUUACAGAUUUAAAACCAAGAUACUAUGGAAAACGUUGGCUCCUAAAUGGCAAGAAGAGUUCAAGAUACCAAUCUGCACAUGGGACUCCCCAAAUAUCCUUAACAUUGAAGUUCAAGACAAAGACCGAUUUAGCGAUGACAGUCUUGGCGAUUGUUCAGUGAACAUUGCAGAGUUUCGAGGCGGCCAAAGAAAUGAUAUGUGGUUGCCUCUUCAGAACAUUAAAAUGGGGAGGCUGCACCUUGCUAUAACCGUACUUGAGGAUGAGGCAAAGUUGAACGAUGAUCCGUUUGAAGGAGUGACAAUAAGUAAGGAAGACAUGUGGGCUUCUUUUGCUUCCGACGUUACAAGUAAAGGUUCCUUCUCAUCAGUGGUAUCUGACAAGUCUCCAAGGGUUCCUGAUAAUAUGGAACCAAUUAACAUCGAAGGACAAGAAGAGACUGGAAUCUGGGUACAUCAACCAGGAACUGAAGUCUCACAGAUUUGGGAACCAAGAAAAGGCAAGAAUCGAUGCCUUGAUAACGAAAUACGGGGUGCUGGCAGUGUCCGUUCCACUGCAUCUACGUCGCCCAACAAUGAAAGCAGCAGCACUGAUGAGAAUCAGGAAGGGAAGAGCACGAUGAAGUCAGUUGGUCGGGGAUUGAAGAAAAUCGGUUUAGUGUUCCAUAGGAAUGGAAAAAAGGAAGAAUGUCAGCAUACAGGGAGCAUUGAAGAGGAUAUCAGGUCUCCUCGGAUUAAUUUGAAGGCGUUAAAUCAAAAGGAUGUUGGGGUUAAGUUCAUAGUUGAAGACAGGCUUUCAGGGCCUCUCACAGGAAGAAGUCCAAAAGGUGAGAGCUUUGGUUCUGAAGACAGUCAGAACAAGGGACACAUGAAGGAUGUUGCAAAGAGCAUUCUAAAGCAUGCUGAAAAGUCUGCAAGACACCUUAAGCAUGCUUUUUCGCGUAAAGGAUCAAGGAAAUCGAGAGACGACGAGUGUUCAACUGUGUCCGAGCAAGACUCUGAACGUCAAUGUGAAUAUUCUGAUGAUGAAUCUGACCUAGGGACACCAAGAACAGCGAAACUUGAAGGAAAAACUGUCAGGGCAGGUGAAGAUGAUAAUGUAAAUACAUCAGCAAACUCCAAAGAAGAUUCGAAAUCAGACAUUUCGAAGAACAAAGAAACAAAGAUAAAUUUAGUAAACUUGGAAACUACAUAUAGUGAUGCCAGGAACUCUUUUGCUGGAGCCGAGAAAGUAACCACCCCCAAGAAUCGAAAAGGAAUCAUAGGUAAAUAAUCAAAAGCUUGAGGAGAAAAAUUUGAGUAUGUUAGUUCUAGAUGUACGCCAAACGAUUCUUGUACAGCUUUUUAGUUUUGAGUCUCUGUCUUGCUUCUUCCAUUUUCUACUACUUGAAGAACAGACAGCUU